ACACAUCCUCUAGGGUUUUUUGUGGGUGCCCUUAAGAGCUUCAACUUCAACUAGUUUGGGCUCCGUUCGGCAUUCUCAUGCUCUUUUGCUUCCCGCUUCUAGAGAGACACAGUGGACAGUAGAGCGAGAAAUCAUUAGCCAUGUCUCUUGUAGCGAACGAGGAUUUUCAGCACAUUCUUCGUGUUCUGAACACCAAUGUCGAUGGUAAGCAGAAGAUCAUGUUCGCACUUACCUCCAUCAAAGGUAUUGGGCGUCGCUUCGCCAAUAUCGUCUGCAAGAAAGCUGAUGUCGACAUGAACAAAAGGGCUGGUGAACUAUCGGCUGCUGAACUUGAUCAGCUAAUGACAAUUGUGGCAAAUCCACGCCAAUUCAAGAUUCCUGACUGGUUUCUCAAUAGGAAGAAGGAUUACAAGGAUGGUAAAUACUCUCAGGUUGUUUCCAACGCAUUGGACAUGAAGCUUAGGGAUGAUCUUGAGCGUUUGAAGAAAAUAAGAAACCACCGUGGUUUGCGACACUACUGGGGUCUUCGAGUUCGUGGACAGCACACCAAGACCACUGGACGCAGGGGGAAGACUGUUGGUGUCUCCAAAAAGCGUUGAAUCUGUUGUCGUCCAAGAUCUUUUUCAGUUUUUCUCUGCCCAAAGUUUUGCUGCUCUAGUUCCGCAUGGAGCUUUUGUUGGUUUAGUAGAUUUACAGAAUGUCAAGAUGUUCUGCUUUACCUUUUUUAACAACUCGGUAUUGAGCGGAAAUAUUCCUCUACGCUAUAGUAUCAUUAUCUUGAGUUCCAGAAGAUCAUGAUUAUUCGUUUCCGUUAUAUUGCAAAUUUUCUUUUUUUC